GAGAGAACUGACAAAGGAAUUUUCAACAUUUUGGGGUGACCAGAGAAUACAGAUCUCUUUUUCAUUUUGCUGAACUAAAAUCAGUUUCUAGAUAGAUAACAGCCACAAUGUGGAGGAUCCAGUUAUUUCAAGUGUGUAUGGUCUUGAUGACAUGUUGGUUUGCCCAUGUGUUCUGUGACUCGGAUGAUUUUGAGUGGUCAAACUCUGAGUCUGAGUCCAGCUUCAAUUCAGUAAGGAAUGCGACCAUCUCCAUUGCUUCUAUUAUUGGGAUUAUAACGGGACUGAUAUUUCUGGUGAUUGUCAUUGCCAUUAUUGUUAUUUGCUGUUGCUGUAUGAAAGGACGACGAUCAGCUGGUCAUGUAUACAGACAACCAGGAAAUCAGAUGACUGUCACCACCACUGCUCAGCAGUCCUACCUCGGGCAGUAUCCUCCACCUCAGCCCUACAAUCAGUACCCCCCGGUCCAGAAUCAGUACCCCCCUCAGGGCUAUGUACAGUACCCACCCCCACCCCAGAUGGGAUACCCACCUGUCCAGCAAGCACCCCCCAUGACGGGGUCGGGCUAUCCCCCACAGGAAAAUAAAGCCUUACCCACAGCACCUCCGGCGGAUGAUGAUUACCCCCCUUACCCAGCAAACCCCCAGCAACCCCCACCCUACCCCGGCAACUAGAAAGGAGGGCAAAGGUUUGUUUUCAAGAUCUGCCCAUUUGUGAUAUGUUUUUGGAAAGAGUCAUUUUUUGUAUUGUUUUAAUAAAAAAAAGUUAAAAAAUGGAACAUUUACAUGUAGAUUUAAUUGUCAUGAUUAUUUUUAAGUAUGUAGACAUGUAUUUAAUUUUUAUUUCUUUCCCUCCAUUUAUUGAUUUGUGUACUUUAUUUAGUUAUAACCUGUAGUAUAUUUCUG